CUCGCGGUGGCGGUAUUCAAAAACGCGGUGCUGCUGUUGGCGGCCGUGGAACUCGUGGAGGUCGUGGAGACCGUGGACGUGGACGUGGCGGUGGAAGAGGGGGCCGGGGCGGCAAGCCUGGAGUUAAAGGAGGAUCUAAAGUUAUAAUUGAACCACAUAGACAUCCUGGCGUUUUUGUUGCUCGUGGUAAAGAAGAUCUUCUUGUUACUAAAAAUCUUGUAAGUGGUGAAUCCGUAUAUGGCGAAAAGAGAAUUUCUGUUGAAGGACUAGAUGGCGUUAAAAUUGAAUAUCGUGUUUGGAAUCCAUUUCGAUCUAAAUUGGCAGCUGGAAUUCUUGGUGGUGUUGAUGAUAUAUAUAUUGCACCUGGAAAAAAAGUAUUGUAUCUUGGAGCUGCUUCAGGAACUACAGUUUCACAUGUUGCAGAUAUAGUUGGACCAGAGGGUGUAGUCUAUGCUGUUGAAUUCUCUCAUCGAUCCGGACGUGACCUCAUUAAUGUCGCCAAGAAACGUACUAACGUAAUUCCAAUUAUCGAAGAUGCACGCCAUCCGCAAAAAUAUCGUAUGUUGAUGAACAUGGUAGAUGUUAUCUUCGCGGAUGUAGCACAACCAGAUCAAGCACGCAUUAUUGCUCUGAAUGCACAUCAUUUCCUUAAAAAUAACGGAAAUAUUGUUAUAUCAAUCAAGGCAAAUUGCAUUGAUUCAACCGUUGAAGCAGCCACAGUAUUCGCAAGGGAAGUAAAAAAACUUCAGGAAGAGCGAAUAAAACCUCUAGAACAACUUACUUUAGAACCAUACGAAAGAGACCACGCUCUAGUAAUAGGAAGAUAUGUAAGAGCACAAUAA